AUGGAUUUCCUCCUAUCUCUUCCAUUUCCUAUCUUCUUCUCCAUUCUUCCUUCUUUAUCAAGGUUUCUCUUAUUCUCUUCCCUCCUUUUCUUCUCCUCUUUUGCCUUUGCCACUGAGAAUAACACUCAGGCCUUGUCAACACAACACCAAUGCAUUGAAGAUCACUUCUCUUCUUUGCUCCACUUGAAGCACGGCUUUUACUUCCCUAAACUCUCCUCUUGGAAUCCUGACAACAGGGAUUGCUGUUCUUGGAAUGGCAUCACGUGCGAUGGUGCCACCGGUCACGUGAUUGGGCUCGACCUCAGCUACCUUCAUAUAUAUGGUCAGGUCGAUUUUGAAAGCAUCUUUCGUCUUCAAAGCCUGCAGAACCUCAACCUCGCUUCCAAUAACUUCAAUCCCUCUCCAAUCCCAUCUGGGUUUCAGCAGCUCACCAGUCUAACCCAUCUCAACCUCUCUUCUUCAAAUCUCUAUGGCCAAAUCCCACUUGAAAUAUCGAUGUUGACCAGCUUGGUUUCUCUCGAUCUAUCUUUCAAUUCCCUUCAACUUGAAAACCCCAACAUUGGAGCACUCAUCCAAAACCUUUCCAGUCUGAGAGAACUGUAUCUCGAUCGGGUAUACAUCUCAGCUGAGGGUAGCGAGUGGGGCCUGGCCUUAUCCUCUGCACUCCCUAGUCUUGGCAAGUUGAGCUUGAGUAAUUGUGGUCUCUCAGGCCCUAUCCAUUCUUCCAUUUCCAAUCUGUCUUUCCUAUCUGAACUUCAUCUCAGUGGAAACAAUCUCUUUUCUGUCGUACCCAACUUCAUAGGGAACUUGUCUUCUUUAACGUCACUAGCUCUCAGUCAUUGUGGGUUGUAUGGAAAAUUUCCGGAGAGUAUUUUCAGGCUGCCAAACCUACAAACCCUGGAUGUAGGAUACAAUCCACUUCUCACAGGUGAAAUCCCUCCAAACAAUACUCUCCGACAGCUGUUCCUAUCCGACACUGAAUUUUGCAGCAAGCUACAGGAGUCGUUGGCUAAUUUGAAAUUGCUGACCGUGUUGGAACUCAGAGAUUGCAAGCUAUCAGGGCCAUUGUCAUCAUGGCUUGUGAGGCUAGAUAAACUCAUGUAUUUGGACCUUUCAUCCAAUGGUUUCAGCGGUCCAAUUGCAUCUUCCUAUGGCAACAAGCUUCAAAAUCUUGAAGUGCUCCUCCUUUCCAACAAUUCAUUGAGUGGGACAAUCCCAUCAUCAUUGUUUUCACUCCCAUCAUUAUAUGUUCUGGAACUCCAAUACAACCAAUUUAGUGGUCAGCUUGAAGAGUUCCAAAAUGCAUCUUCUACACUGUUACAGAGGAUUUUCUUGAGUAACAACAAGUUGUGGGGGCCUAUUCCAAGGUCAAUCUUUGAACACACCAUGCUCAUGGAGCUCUUUCUUUCAUCCAAUAAUUUCAACGGCACAAUCCCUUCUUUAUAUGGACAUGAGCUUCUGAAUUGUAUAGUGUUCGACUUUUCCAACAAUUCACUUAGUGGGAGCAUCCCAUCUUCAUUGUUUUCACUCCCAUCGUUACAAUAUUUGGAUCUCUCAAGUAACCAAUUUAGUGGUCGACUUGGCGAGUUCCACAAUGCAUCUUCUUUACGAGGGAUCAAUUUGUAUAACAACAAGUUGCAGGGUCCUAUUCCAAGGUCCAUCUUUGAACUUACCAUGCUUCAAUUCCUCAUGCUUUCAUCAAACAAUUUCAGUGGUGAUGUGGACCUUGGCUUAUUCCAGAACCUUUCUAAGCUCUGGUCCCUCAGUCUUUCAUAUAACAAUAUCUCAAUCAAAGAAAGCAAUUCAACCUUCUUAUCGUUCCCCCAAAUUGCGUAUUUGUCAUUAAGAUCUUGCAACAUUAGCAAAUUUCCAGAUAUCUUGAGAAACCAAGAACGGAUGCGUUAUUUGGACAUUUCCAAUAACAGAAUCAAUGGUGAAAUACCCAACUGGAUAUGGAAGGUUGGAAAUGGCAGUUUGUUUUGUUUGAAUCUUUCUCAUAAUGCUUUAGAGGGCUUAGAGCAACCAUUUCCUCUUCUUUCCUUAAGUCCGUUGAAAUAUCUUGAUGUAAGCUUUAACAAGCUAAAAGGCUCAAUUCUAAUCCCUCUACCUUCCAUUUACUUUUCACUUUCGAGCAAUAAUCUCAAUGGUGAAGUUCCAUCACUUAUUUGCAAUUGCACUUCCUUACAAGUCCUUGAUCUAUCCAACAACCACUUUAAUGGUUCAAUUCCACCAUGUUUGGGUGAAAUCAGUGAUGCCCUCAUUGUGUUGAAUCUUAGAGGAAAUGCAUUUCAUGGCACUUUGCUUCAAACCUUCAAAGAGGGAUGCACACUAGAGACACUCGAUCUCAGUGAAAAUCGGUUGGAAGGGCAGGUGCCAAGGUCUUUGGCCAAGUGUAAGAAGUUGGAGGUGUUAAACCUUGGAAACAAUCAAAUAUAUGACACCUUCCCAUUUUGGUUGGAAAAUUUGUCCCAUUUGCGUGUUUUCAUCUUGAGAUCCAACAAAUUUCAUGGCACUAUUGGACACCCCCUGACAAAUCACUCAUUUCCUCUGCUACAAAUCUUGGACCUCUCUUCCAAUAACUUCAUGGGUAGCUUGCCAUCAAAUAUGUUCAGGAGUUGGAAGGCAAUGAUGGAGAAGGCCAAAUCCCAAUCUCAGUUCCUUAGUAAAACAUUUGGCAAUGGAUACUAUCAAGAUAGAGUGACUAUAGUGAGCAAAGGGCUGGAAAUGGAACUGGUAAAGAUUCUUAUUGCCUUCACAGUAGUGGAUCUCUCAAAUAACCAGCUUCAUGGAGAUAUUCCAGAAGAAGUCGGGGAUCUAAAUUCAUUGCAUGUGCUCAAUAUAUCCUACAAUAGUCUCAUAGGCCAAAUUCCGGUAUCAUUGGGAGACAUAAAUGAACUUGAGUCAUUAGAUCUCUCGCAUAAUAAUUUAUCAGGGCCGAUCCCUUCACAACUAACAAAGCUAACAUUUCUUGAGGUGCUGGACCUCUCUCAGAACCUCCUGGUCGGAAGCAUACCGCAAGGUCCACAAUUCAAUACUUUUACGAAUAAAUCCUUUUUAGGGAACUUGGGAUUAUGUGGCCCUCCACUGUCGAAGAAAUGUAAAUAUGUUGAUGAUUCACCACCGCUGGUACAAUUUGAUAGCAAAUACGAUUGGCAAUCCUUAUGGAUUGGGUUUGGAGUUGGUUACGGAGUGGGAAUGGGAAUUCUUUUUUGGACUCUAGCACUUUGGACAAAGGGAAUGAGAGAAUUCACUAUAUUUAUUGAUAAAAUGCUUCUGUUGAUUUUUUUCAUGCGAUGA